AAGCAGAAACGGAAGUGAGAUUAAUAUCAACAACCUGAGUUUGCGCAACUCAGCCAAAACUUCACUGGAGUCGGAACAGAUAUACUCCAUAAAGUUGUUAAAACCGAUAAGAAUGCCGUAAUAAACCCCGGCACGUUAUGGGGGAGGCGUUUUCCUGCACGUCGUGGAAGUGGUUUGUUUCUGUGCGUAAACUCUGUGGCUAGUUUAGCCAUUUGGAGGAGCUAAGUUAGCUCAGUUUUUGUCAGCUGACUGGUGUGAACUCAUUUUGACAGCUCCAGUAAGCAAACAGUCGUUUAAUAUGCUCAGAUAUUGCUCUGUGCUUAGUUUUAACGAGGCUGCAGGUGUAGCCAGGUUGUCUGCUCGCUGGUAGUGUUUAUGAUAGAGCCCGGUUCGCUCGCAAUGCUCCCGCAGCUGCUCCCGCCUGUCAACUAGCUGGCUCUUCUCCUCCUCCUCCUCCUUCUGUCGCCCGAUGGCUCACUGCGGCUCCUCCGAGCCGAGCGCGAAGGUACAGCCGCCGCGUCCGGACAGCGGUGCCGUUAUCAUGCCCUCACAGGGUGGCGUAGACCAGAGCAUGAAGCCGGUGCUGUUCGAGAUCUUUGGCGAGAUUUGGACCGUCCAGUCGCGGCUCGGCCAAGGAGUGUCGGCCUCGGUGUACCGGGUCAGCUCAGGCAGAGCCACCACCGCCGCCGUCAAGGAGUUUCAGGCCGACACUCAGGGAGGAGAUUACGGGUUUCACAAGGAGAGGUCGGUGCUGGAGGACAUCCAGGGACAUAAAAACAUCGCGACAUUGUACGGGGUGUUCACCAACCACAGCUGUAUGGGCGUUGCCACUCGCUGCCUUCUGCUGGAGCUCUUGGAUGUCAGUGUGUCGGAGCUGUUGGUGAGAGGCAGCAGCGGUACCCAGGGUGGCAGACCCCAGCAGGGCCACUCCAUGUGGCUCGUCCAGCACUGCGCCAGAGACAUCCUGGAAGCUCUCGCCUUCCUUCACAGGGAAGGCUACGUCCACGCCGACCUCAAGCCGCGCAACAUCCUCUGGAGCGCUGAUGACGAGUGUUUCAAGCUCAUCGAUUUCGGCCUCAGCUUCAAAGAGGGAAACCAGGAUGUCAAGUACAUCCAGACAGACGGGUAUCGUGCUCCAGAGGCCGAACUUCAGAACAGUCUGGCCCAGGCCGGGGUGGAGAUGGACGGAGACUCGGGUUGCACAGCCGCCGUAGACCUGUGGAGCCUGGGCAUCAUCCUGUUGGAGAUGUUCUCAGGAAUGAAACUUAAAGACACCGUUCGCUCGCAGGAAUGGAAGGACAACAGCACGGCCAUUGUAGACCACAUGUUUGCUAGCAACAGUCUGGCGUGCCCUGCCAUCCCAGUCUAUCACCUCAGAGACCUUAUUAAAAGCAUGCUUCUAAACGACCCAAAGCAAAGAUGCACUGCUGAAACUGCCCUGCUGAGCCCAUUCUUCAGUAUUCCCUUCGCUCCUCACAUUGAGGACCUGGUUCUGCUGCCCUCUCCGGUACUGCGUCUGCUUAACCUGAUUGAUGACAGCCAUCUGCACAAUGAAGAAGAGUAUGAAGACAUCCUGGAGGACAUGAAAGAGGAGUGCCAGAAGUACGGCUCAGUGGUUUCUUUGCUCAUCCCCAAGGAGAAUCCAGGGAAAGGACAGGUGUUUGUAGAGUAUGCUAACUCCAGCGACUCCAAAGAAGCUCAGAGACUGCUGACCGGCCGCACCUUUGAUGGGAAGUUUGUUGUGGCCACCUUCUACCCUCUCAGCGCCUAUAAAAGAGGUUACUUGUAUCAGACAGUGCAAUGAAGUUCUAAAGCUCAAUUUACACCUCUGCAUUAUUUGCAUGUUUAAAAAAAAAAAACACUGCACAGGGCACCACAGGCGAGAAAGAUUUCCUCUUAAAAAUAACUUCAAACAACACAAAGUCGCAAGUGGUUACCCUGCAGUUUAAGUCAGAAUAAUUCACUUAUAAUAUAAAUGAGUGUAGUUAAACGUUCUGCAUGCUAUCCACGUGGUUUUCUCCAGCAAAUCUGUGUUUCAUGCAGAGUGUAAAUUGAACUCAGCCGUGAGGAGCGUACACCAACAGCUCAUUUCCGCUGCAUCCAGUCUGUGCGAUACUCUUAUUAGUGCAUAUCCAUCCAGUGCUUCAAGGUGACCUGCAUAUGUCUUGUUUAAUUCACUUUCUCUCUCACUCAUUCAGAGGAUUAGUGUGCUGAGAGGAUGCAUAACAAUAAUAAUAAUAACUGAAAUCUUCUCUGAUGAGAAUACUAGAUAAGAAGUAUUUAUCUAAUAGUAGUCUAGUGUGCCUCAGACAUGAGCAAGUUUGAGAAUCCUCAAUCUACACAACAUCUAAAUAGUUGCAUCUCUUUUAGAUAAAUCAUAAGUGAAACACUUAAUCUCAUCAGUUGAGUCAUGGAUGUGAUCAGGUAAAUGCAGCAGGAUAACACUGAUCUCCCAGUAAUAAAGAAUGGGAGUUUUAUAUCUCAAACUUAAAAUCCUGAUGACAAAAAUACCUUGAAAAUUGCAUCCCUGUAAACUGAAGAUGUCCUGUGGUAAAAUAAUUAUCAUUGUA